CAAGUGAAUGAGCAUUAAGGUCAUCUUUCAGUGUCAUUUAUGGAGUUGAUUGUAGUUGUUGUUCUUGUCGGGUGUUUACUGUCAACUACAUACCAAGGUAAUUGCUCUGCUAUCCAUGAAAACAGGCUCAUUACAAGUGUGAUUUCCCGAUACAAUACGGACGUACGACCGGCUUUGGAUGUUAAAGCCUCUCUAAACGUUACCUUGGAUACCACAUUUAACAACAUUAUCGACGUGGAAAACAACGGCAAAAAAUGCGAAGGGGGUGCUCUUUUCAGAAGGGCGAUUGCUGAUAGAAAAGGAAUUAAAAAUCUUGGCAGUACUUGUUACUUGAGCGCAACACUGCAAAUGUUAGUCAGGGAUCCAGUCACAGAUUCUAUCAUAGAACAUUCGAGGAAUGAGUCAUCGAAAUCACCGGCUUCUACAGACAGCGAUUGUUUGAUCGUGGAGAGCGUUUUUCAAACCCAACUUGCAAAAGAUGUGGUUGAUACUCUCAGACAGCUGAGAAGUCCAUGUGUAACCGAGCGUCACAUUGAAAGUGUUGAUCCAAAAAACGUUCUGAUGUUCCUUUCAAAAAUCGAUUCCAAGUUUACCAUGGGAGAACAACAAGAUGCACAGGAGUGUUUAACUUUACUUCUGAACGAGCUGUUUGCCAAGCUACCAGAAACUGCGCUGUCAUUUAUGGGAUACCUUUCAGUAUAUCAAACUUGCCUCGAUUGUGCUGUUCAGAAGGAUAAGAUCGUUGAUCGGUAUUCCACUCUCAUAUUACCACUACCCAAUACGUCCGAAUGCCGCUUGGAGGAGUGCAUGGACCAGUACUUUGAGGACGAGAUUUUGGAUGAUGAGAAUAAAGUGCAAUGCGAAACAUGCUCAAGGAACACUGCCACUGGAAAAACGACAAMACUUUUAACGACUCCAGAAUCCUUGUACUUGAUUUUGGGAAGGUCCAAACUGAAUCAAAAGAAUUGUGCAGUUGUAUCUCUACCAAGAUAUAUAAACAUGGCAAACCGUGUGGUGGAGGUGUUACCAGAGCAUGAACAUAGACACGAAUACUCAUUAGAGACUGCUGUGCUCCAUCGUGGCCCAACGACAAAUUCAGGCCAUUACACAGUUCUCAUAAGACAGGGUAGUAAAUGGCUUCAUUUCGAUGAUGAURAUAACGUGCGCACAAAAAAAGAAGAGUACUUUGAAACGAAGGGCGUACAGACAGAUGUUUAUAUACUGAGAUACRAGAAAAAGGAAUACGAAGAGUACUUGUAUCUAGAGGAAACGGACGCCAACUUUUCUUGCGUUGAGGAUAAAAAAUUCUGGUCACCAAGCACAAAAGGAGAUGAGGAGAGUCGGCGUCCUUCCACUCAUCCGGUCAUAGAAAAUACUGUUGAUGUUUGUGACGAAAGCGAUUUGGAAACUCUGAAGAAUGGACAAUGGCUUAAUGAGAGAGUAAGUAGACACUUU